AUGAUUGGCCAUCCCGUGGCCUAUAACUCGAAAUCCAUCUCGUCCUUGAACUCCUCGUCGUCCUCGUCCACGAUGGCCGAGUCAUUCUGCGUUCCUGCAAGCGGGUCUUCGUCAUCGUCCUCGAAAUCCACGUCGAAGAAAUCGUCGUCAGAACCAACAAUGCUGGUGUACAGCAGCUUGGCCUCGUUUUCAGACCCUUGGUUCAACGCGUUCUUGAAGAUGUUCUCGUUGACAACUCCAAAUGGCUCCACAGACGUGAAUUGCGUGAACAUCAGCUUGAACAAAAAGGUCAGCUUCUCCUUAGGAACAAACUCUUUGAACGACUUUCCAAGCUUGACAGAGUUGAUCACAGAAACGUUUCCGUCUGGUCUGACAACAACGUCGUCGUCAGUCAAAUCGACGUCAAAUCCACCAUCCUCAGAUUCCCGUAAAAUACUUUCUUCAAGCUUCAAAAGAGCCGUCUCCAGGUCGUGUCUGGCCUUGUCGCCCUUCUCAACGGUCGACAAACCUUCAGGGGUUAAAAUAUUAGGAAUAGGAGACAGACCCAAAGUAAAGCACAACUCGUUGACCUGGGCGGGAGUGAGUUUGUAUUUUGCUUCGAUAAACUCUGUGAAUGGGGUUGUCUUGUAUGCUUCUAAUUCUUUGACAGAUUUUGGUGAGUCCGACUCGAGAACGAGCUUCAUGAACUUCAUCAAGUGUCUUUUAGUUUCGAGAGAAAGCGACUGGUCGGUGAAGAUCUCCUCUUUGGAUGAAGACAUUUUCCCAAAAGAGUCAUUCUCGAAAGUGUGGAAACUGCUCAGAGAUUGGAACUCCAAGUAUCUGUACACUCUUGAUUUGAGGAGCAGCGAAAGAAGGUCGGAUCUUGCGAACAUAACGCGGGGAUACGGAUUGGAGUCGACAUGGAGAACGUUGGAACCUUGCCAGGAAAGAGCCGCGGCCAAAACAGACUCCACGAGCCCUGUUCCGCAAAUCAGCACGUCACACUGGUCAGGUGUGGUGGGCAAAGCGGGUUCUUCGAUUCCGGCAAGAUGCGGAAUCACCGAUGGCCGUCUGCCGGCAGGCAUUGACGGUCUGCGUUCUGCCAUCGAAGGCCGUCUUUCUGUGGUUGACAGUUUUCUGGAUGAUUCAACGGUGGCGGACAUGUUGGAAACAGACAAUCACCGUAAACGACUGGGCGGUAACAAAUACAGUCGAGAUUGGUGUGUGAGUGACUAG